AUGGUGCGAUCGUCAGGUCUGCUGUUGGCCACGGUCGGGGUGGUCGGCACGCUGUGGUGCGUCGGUCUGCACUUCGUGGCCGUGCUGCCGCACUUCGUGGGCCACCGACCACUCGAGUCGCUGGCCGGGCUGUGCCACCUGGCCUUCUCUGUCUUCCUCGCCCACGGCGGCUUCUACAAUUAUUUUAAGUGCAUGUACACGCCACCGGGCAGCCCUUCGCUGAGCGAGGCAAAGGAGAAGCAGUUAGAGUCUCUGCUCUUCAACCGCCGCUCGGCCGGACUGAAGGACAUCAAGCACAACGCGUGGUGCCGCAAGUGCGAGAAGCCCAAACCGAAGCGAGCACACCACUGCUCUAUCUGCAAAAAGUGCAUACUGGGCAUGGACCACCAUUGUCCCUGGGUGUGGACCUGCGUGGGGCAAAACAACCAGAAGUACUUCUUCCUCUUCCUCUUGUAUGCCUGGAUGGGCAGCUUCUACGGGCUGGUGAUGAUGUCCUACCCCUUCAUGGAGCUCUUCAUCUACAAGCCCUGGGAGAUCAAUGCAUCGAGGGAGUCUAUCUUCUUCUCCUGGAUCGUCAUCCUCUUUGGCAACUGUGCCGUGGCGGCAAUGGUCAUCUUUCAAGGCUACAUCAUCUCCAAAGGGAAGACGACGCUCGAAUUUUACCAGAGCCGGCGCCUCGCCAAGAAGGGAGCCGUGGCAGAGCAGGAAUACUUCAACGAGUACGACCACGGCCUGCGCAAGAACUGGGAGAUCUUCUUCGAGCGAAAAGGGUCAAGGUGCAUGGGUUCCCUUUUGAUGUAG